UAGGUAUAUCAUCGCGGUCUUGACGCUUACGGCCACGGUUCAGCUCCCAGCCGCUAGGAGGAACAAGGAGGGAUCCAUGCCUAGUCCUAGCGUGGAGAAGGAAGCGGUCUGAAAGUCCGCAUCCCCUCACAAGACGGGACUUUUAGCCAAGGCACAGGAGAGGGAGAGUACUUUCAAUUUGACUUCGAAGAGCUUCUUUACAUGGGGACAAGAAAUGACAUCUACAGCGAGCGAAAGGAGGGCGUUUGCUCAUAAAAUCAACCGGACGGUUGCUGCAGAGGUCAGAAAACAAGUGUCCAGAGACUAUGGCUCUCCUCAGCUGACUAAGAAACGAGGAGGCGCACACCACCCUUUGCCCCUGACGGAGGUGGUUGAGCCGGUGGACUUUGAGGAGUAUGUGAGCAGUCAUGCUCCUGGGGUGGAGCCCGGCCCACUCAGACAGCUAAUGGAGUUCCCCCAUGAUGACCUGGAACUCCUACCGCUGGAAAAAGAGUGCAUUACACUGGAGCCCCCACUGCCUGAGGAGGAGGACUCCCUGGAUCCCAGAGUGAGAGAUGCCUUGGCAGUCUACACAGAUGACUGGCUCGUCAUUCAAAGAAAAUAUCAGCGCUACAGCACCGCAUACACCCCUCACAACUCUGAGCGACAGAGGGAGAGGCAGCGAGGGCUGGUCAAACAGACCUUUGAACUGGACGAGGUUGCUGCUGCUGAGCGCCAGGACGACCAGGAUGACGCAAAGCGGCGGUCAGUCAGCCUCGAUGAGACUCCUCGAGGCAGCUGGGCCUCCAGUAUAUUUGACCUGAAGAAUUCCUCCCCAGACGCACUCCUGCCGUCUGUGCUGGAACGCACAGCCGCAGAGGACAUGGACCGGCGCAAUACUGAGGCACGCCUGCAGGGGCGCCACAGUGACCUAUUGGGCCUGUACUCUCCCCCUGAUGAGGAUGAAGCAGUAGAGAGAUGCUCUGUCCCUGAAGUGCCCAAGGAACACUGUGGCCAGAGGAUUAUGGUUAAGUGUCUGUCUCUGAAGUUUGAAAUAGAAAUUGAGCCCAUAUUUGGCACACUUGCCCUGUAUGACGUCAAGGAAAAGAAAAAGAUCUCUGAGAAUUUCUACUUUGACCUGAACUCGGAUCAGAUGAAAGGGCUGCUUAAACCCCACACACCUCAUGUAGCUAUUUCCACACUGGCCCGUUCUGCCAUUUUCUCCAUCACAUACCCUUCCGCCGAUAUCUUUUUGGUCAUUAAGCUUGAGAAAGUCCUCCAACAAGGAGACAUUGGAGAAUGCUGUGAACCCUACAUGGUCAUGAAAGAGUCUGAUUCCUCCAAGCACAAGGAGAAGCUGGAGAAGCUGCGUCAACAGGCAGAGCAGUCAUGUAGUCGUCUUGGCCGUUUUCGCAUGCCUUUUGCCUGGACGGCCAUUCACCUUCUCAACAUCGUCAGCAGUGUGGGAGGUCUGGAUCGGUCGGACCCUGACUCUGACUCUGAGCGAAAAGGUCAUGGAACAUGGAAUGAGAGAAAGAAAAAGGGGUUUGAGCGGAUGAGUGUUGGGGAUGACAUGUGUAACUUCGCUGCUUUCCGUCCAGCGACAUUGACCGUCACCAACUUCUUCAAACAGGAGGGGGACAGACUGAGUGAUGAGGACCUCUACAAGUAUCUGGCAGAUAUGCGCAGACCGUCCUCUGUUCUGCGACGACUAAGGCCUGUCACAGCCCAGUUGAAGAUUGACAUCUCUCCAGCUCCGGACUCGCCUCAUUACUGUCUGUCACCAGAGCUGCUUCAUGUGAAGCCUUACCCUGACCUGCGUGUUCGCCCAACCAAAGACGUGCUGGAGUUCCCUGCUCGCUACGUAUACACACCGCACACCACCUACAGGAACUUGCUCUAUGUUUACCCACAAAGUCUGAACUUCAGUAGUCGGCAGGGCUCAGUGAGGAACAUUGCUGUGAAGGUUCAGUUCAUGGCAGCAGAGGACCCCAGUCAAGCUUUGCCGGUCAUCUUUGGGAAGUCGAGUUGUCCUGAGUUCAUGCAAGAUGCGUACACUCCCAUCAUCUAUCAUAACAAGUCUCCUGAGUUCUAUGAGGAGAUCAAGAUGAAGAUUCCCGCCAAUCUGACAGACAACCACCAUCUGCUGUUCACCUUUUACCACAUCAGCUGCCAGCCCAAACAGAAUACUCCUCUGGAGGCCCCUGUGGGCUACACCUGGAUCCCUCUGAUGCAGCACGGCCGACUACGCACCGGCUCCUUCAGUUUGCCUGUCUCGGUGGAAAAGCCCCCACCUAGCUACUCUGUACUCACCCCAGACGUUCAGCUCCCAGGCAUGAAGUGGGUGGAUAAUCACAAAGGAGUGUUCAAUGUUGAGGUGACGGCAGCCUCUUCGGUUCAUACUCAGGACCCCCAUCUGGAUAAGUUCUUUACUCUAGUAUAUGUUCUGGAAGAGUACUCCUUCCCCUUCCGCCUGAAGGAUGUCAUAAUAACUGAGGCAAACAUGGAGGGGGAGCUGAAGGCCUGCAUGGCUGCACUGAGAGGGGCUCUGCUAGAUACCUGUGUCAGGUUCCUGCACCAGCUGCUCAACAAGCUCAUUCAGCUCAUCAUCUACCCACCAGUCAUCGCGGGCCAAAUUGUGAACCUGGGCCGGGCUGCUUUUGAAGCUAUGGCUUUAUUGGUCAAUCAGAUCCACAAGAACCUGGAGGGGAUCCAGGACCAGCACGGCCGCAACAACCUGCUGCUGUCCUACAUCCACUACUGCUUCCGCCUGCCAACCGCCGAACCUGCAGUACCCCCGACAGCUGGCACACAGUCCUACGAGAUGCCUAUGCAGUACGCCACCUUAUCGAGAGCAACAGCCCGCCCAAGCAGCCUCCACCUGUCCCGCUCAAAGAGUAUCAGCAACUCCAACCCGGACCUGGCUAGCACUCCAAUUUCUCCUGACGAAGAGGUACAGAGGAUCAUAGGAAGCAAGGGUAUUGACCGCUCCCACUCCUGGGUAAACUCUGCUUAUGCCCCCGGGGGCUCCAGAUCUGUGCUACGCCGAAACCCCAACUCCAGCUGUGAGCUCAAGCAGCUGCUCCAUGAGGAGCUUGCAUUGCAGUGGGUGGUCAGCACCAGCGCAGUGAGGGAAGCAGCGCUGCAGCAGGCUUGGUUUUUCUUCCAGCUUAUGACAAAGAGCAUGACCCAUCAUUUAUUCCUGACCUCGAAAUUGGACAUUGCCAGGCGUCAGCGUUUUCCAGACCGCUUUGUGGACGACAUCGCUGCACUUGUGUGUGCCAUCAGUGCAGACAUUGCCAAUCGAUACCACAAGGAUGUGGAGCUUGUGGAGAGGUUGAAUAGUAGUCUGGCCUUCUUCCUGAAUGACCUUCUGUCUCUCAUAGACCGGGGCUUUGUGUUCAACCUCAUCCGCUCCUACUACAAACAGAUUGCCAACAAGCUUCACACAGCGCAGAACCCGAGCUCUCUGAUUGCCCUGAGGGUGGACUUCACUCGUAUCGUCUGCAGCCACGAGCACUACGUCAUCCUCAACCUGCCGUGCUCCACUCUCAGCCCUCCAGCCUCCCCCUCCCCCUCCACCUCCUCCACCACCUCACAGAGUUCAGCGUUUUCCAGUAUGGUGCAAGACCAGGGUGUGGCCACCAUGUUUGAGCUCUCCGUCCCUUUCCGCCAGCAGCACUUCCUGUCUGGCCUGCUGCUUACUGAGCUCUCUCUCAUACUUGAUCCUGAUGGAGAAGGGGUUUUCUUCCUUCAUAAAAAGGCCAUUAGUGCGCUUCACUCCCUGCUGUGCAGCCAUGAUGCAGACCCUCGUUACACUGACCCUCAGGUCAGAGCCCACAUCGCUCAGCUCUAUCUGCCCCUCAUCCCCAUCGUCAUGGAGACGUUGCAUCAGCUCCACGACUUCUCUGACUCCUCGCUUGCUCGGGUUCGCCAUGCCUCAGCCCACGCCGAUGAUGCUGACCCAGACAGCGGCAACACUAUCAGUCAGUCUGUUGCCAUGGCGAUUGCUGGCUCUCCUUUGCCGCAUGUCAAAGCCAACCCGUUUGCUCUGCCCACAGUGGCUGGGCGCCAGUCCAGCUCUCUGUCUGCUGAGUGCAGCAGGACUCUCCUGGUGAGUUUCUUGUGGGUGCUGAAGAAUGCAGAUGCUGCUCUCCUGGAACGCUGGGUUUUUGAUUUGUCUGUACUGCAAAUCAACCGCCUGUUGGAUCUGCUCCAUCUUUGUGUCUCCUGCUUUGAAUACAAGGGGAAAAAGGCUCUGGAGAGAAUCAAUAGCCUGACAUUUAAAAAGUCUCAGGACAUGAAGGCCCGACUGGAGGAGGCAAUACUGGGCACCAUUGGGGCUCGUCAGGAGAUGGUCCGCCGCUGCAGAGAAAGGAGUCCCUACGGCAGCCAGGAGAAUGUUAGGUGGAGGAAGAAUGUCACUCACUGGAGGCAAAAUACAGACAGAGUCGACAAGACUAAAGCUGAGGUGGAGCAGGACUCUGUGGUGGAUGGAAACUUAGCUACUGAGGCUUCUCUGAUAGUACUGGACACACUGGAGAUUGUAGUCAAGACUGUGGUGGCAUCAGAGCUAAAGGAAAGUGUUCUGGGUGGAGUGCUGAGAGUGCUCCUCCACAGCAUGGCAGGCAACCAGAGCGCCCUCUUCCUGCAGCACUGCUUCACUACACAGAGGGCUCUGGUCUUUAAGUUCCCAGAAAUGCUGUUUGAAGAGGACACAGAGCUUUGUGCGGACCUGUGCCUGCGUCUCCUACGUCACUGCAGCAGUAGUGUCGGCUCUGUCAGAAGUCACGCCUCCGCCUCUCUUUAUCUGCUCAUGAGGCAGAACUUUGAGAUUGGAAAUAACUUUGCUCGAGUAAAGAUGCAAGUCACAAUGUCCCUGUCAUCACUGGUGGGAACGUCACAAAACUUCAAUGAGGAGCAUCUUCGCCACUCACUCAAGACGAUCCUGACGUAUGCUGAAGAGGACCUGGAGCUGCGUGACACGCCCUUCCCAGAGCAGGUCCAGGAUCUGGUGUUCAACCUGCACAUGAUUCUUACUGACACUGUUAAGAUGAAAGAGCAUCAGCAGGAUCCAGAGAUGCUCAUUGACCUAAUGUACAGGAUUGCAAAGGGCUACCAGAACUCCCCUGACCUGCGUCUGACGUGGCUCCAGAACAUGGCAGGGAAACACUCUGAGAGAGGAAACCAUGCUGAAGCUGCCCACUGUCUGGUCCACAGCGCAGCGCUGGUGGCAGAAUACCUCAACAUGCUGGAGGAUUGCCGUUACCUGCCAAUUGGUUGUGUCACGUUUCAGAAUAUUUCAUCCAACGUAUUGGAAGAGUCAGCCGUAUCCGAUGACGUCUUGUCUCCAGAGGAGGAGGGGAUUUGUGCUGGGAAGUACUUCAGCGAGUCUGGUCUGGUGGGCCUCCUGGAGCAAGCAGCUGCCUCUUUUAACAUGGCCGCCAUGUACGAGGCCAUAAAUGAGGUGUACAAGAUUCUGCUGCCCAUCCAUGAAGCUAACAGAGACUUCAAAAAGCUGGCUACUGUCCACGGGAAGCUACAGGAUGCCUUCACCAAAGUCUACAACCAAAGUUCAGGAUGGGAGAGAAUGUUUGGGACCUACUUCCGAGUGGGUUUCUAUGGCUGCCGGUUUGGAGACCUGGAUGAACAAGAGUUUGUCUACAAGGAGCCAUCAAUCACCAAAUUAGCUGAGAUCUCCCACAGACUCGAGGAGUUCUACUCGGAGAGGUUUGGGGAUGAGAUGGUUGAAAUUAUCAAGGACUCCAACCCAGUGGACAAAAACAAACUGGAUCCCAACAAGGCCUACCUCCAGAUCACCUACGUUGAACCAUUCUUCGACACAUACGAACUAAAGGAAAGAAUCACCUACUUUGAUAAGAACUACAACCUGCGUACUUUCAUGUACUGUACUCCCUUUACUCUGGACGGGCGAGCCCACGGCGACCUGAAUGAGCAGUACAAACGCAAAAGCAUCCUUACAACAUCUCACGCCUUCCCUUACAUCAAGACACGCAUCAAUGUUAUCCACAAGGAGGAGAUCAUUCUUGUCCCCAUGGAGGUGGCCAUUGAGGAUAUGCAGAAGAAGACUCAGGAGCUUGCCUUCGCUACAAACCAAGACCCUGCAGACGCCAAGAUGCUGCAGAUGGUUCUGCAGGGCUCUGUGGGCACCACUGUCAACCAGGGCCCCCUUGAGGUGGCGCAGGUCUUUCUCUCUGACAUUCCUGAUGAUCCAAAGCUGUUUCGCCAUCACAACAAACUGCGCCUCUGCUUUAAAGACUUCACUAAGAGGUGUGAGGAUGCCCUGAGGAAGAAUAAAGCCCUGAUUGGACUAGAUCAGAAGGAGUACCACAGAGAGAUGGAAAGGAACUACAAUAAACUGAAAGAAGCUCUGGGGCCUCUCAUCAACCGCAAGAUCCCCCAGCUAUACAGAAACCUGCCAGCUCAGACUACGCAAACACAACGGAACUCCUACAGUAGGUCCAGUCUUCGCAGAGUCGACUGUUGAGGCGCAGCAAACUGGAUAACAACACAGAAAAACAAGCUUUAGAAAUUAGCCACAUCUCAUCCCCUUUGUUCCCCUCCCCCCACUGUAUUGCUAACCAACUGUCACAAGCACACACGCACUGUCCUCUUCCUCGUCUAGCUCGUUAUUUUACCCACCCACCCCCUGGCCACCCAGACACGCCAUAAUCCCCCCCACCACUGCCACUACAGACACAGACACACACACACACACACACACACACACACACACACACACACACACACUUGUCACCUCUUGUCCUGCUGAACCAUCUCCCCCAUCACCACCACUCUCACACCUCUGUAGGAGAAAACCUUGGCUGUUUAUACUGGAAAGAUAUCUGCACUGUAAACAUCGACAUUUGGAGCAAGGCUCUGACAUGUCAGUGUUUUAAACUAAGCUUUCAAAAGUAGUGUCCUCACAGUAAUCUCCCUGAGCUUGAUCUGGUUUUAACUUAAGUUUUUACAGGACUAGAGCUGCCAAACACAUUUUGUAUCCAAAUCGUUUGGGAGUUCUGUUUUCCCUUUUGCUUCUUGUGUUUGCUUUUGAAGAGGCUGUAGUGUGUCUGUUUUGUGUAGUGGCCUUAUUUAAUUUGUAAGAUAUUGUUUCUAAACUAUGCCUGGUAGUACUCACUGCCAGACUUAGUUAUUAAAUAGUCACAGGGAGUAUUUUGUUAUCAACAGACCAAAUAACUGACAUUCCUUCUUCCUCAAGUUGUCACAUUUAUCUGCCGAUCUCUCAUUAUAAGAAUUCAUUAAAGAGCGGAGGUGGGAUCAUUCUGACAAAGCUCAGGCCUCAGCCCUCAGGCCUAGUCCGUCUCCAGCAGGAAUGAACUGUAGUAGCAGUUUUAGAAGGAAAAUGAUUACUGUAGUGGGGGAAAAGCCAGGAUGGGAUGUUUAAAUGUGUUUUUUAAACUGUGAAAUUCUCUUGUAAUGCACUGCAGUCACAUCAGAUGUUUAUCACAGUAACACUGCCAUUGGCCAGGCCUUCUCCUUCACCCACACAAAUAUGUUCAAACUGUGACAUGCACUAUCACCCUGCAGUACAGUCUGAUAACUGAAUUACUGAAACAUUUUGCAUAUGUGUGGCAUGAGGAGGUGUGUCCAACACCCUGGUUGUAGCAGAUUUAUAUUCAUUGUAGCUAUUUCCAACUACUGUUUCUAUUAUAUUGCACUAUUGUAAACAAACUGCAGCACAUUAACAAUGUAACUACUAAAAUAUCCAUGCUUUUGUUAUUUUACGAUGCUGGAGACUUUUUUUUUACCAGUUAGAUGAACAAUGUUUUAUUUAUUUACACUGUCUUUUUUUACUGCCUUCUAUUAAAUUUUUCUUCUGACA